AUGCCAGUCUCCCUCGCCUCCGUGGCCGCCCCGGCCGCAGCCAUCGCAGCAGCAGCCUACAUCAACGCCAAGGCGUCCGUCUGGUGGGAUCUCAACCUCAUCGGCGGCUCCCUCACCUCCUCCGCCCGCUUCCUCUACCGCCAGCAUGCCGACCGCCUCAACACCUUCUACAUCCUGGAGCGCUGGGCCCAGUCCGCCUCCCACGCCGACAAGCCCUUCGUCCUCUUCGAGGGCCGCUCCUGGACCUUCGCCCAGGUCUACGAUAAAGUCCUGCGGUACAGCACCUGGCUGCGCCUGGCCCACGGCGUCCGCCCGGGGCACAUCGUCGCCAUGGACCUCCAGAACUCGGACCAGUACGUCUUCGUCUGGUUCGCCAUCUGGGCGCUAGGGGCCAAGCCCGCCUGCAUUAACUACAACCUGCAGAGCAAGCCCCUGAUUCACUGCAUCAAGGCCUCGGACGCCAAGCUGUGCAUCAUUGACACCAAUGUUGCCUCCAACUUUGACGACGAGGUCCGCCAGGAGCUCGAGGGCGUCACCUGUCUCGUCUUCACUCCCGAGGUGGAGAUCGAGGCGUCUGCCGCUGAGCCUCUCAGAGUCCCAGACGAGGACCGCUCACAGAAGUCGUACACCGAGAUGGCCAUGCUGGUCUUCACGUCCGGCACCACGGGUCUGCCCAAGCCAGCCAUUGUAAGCUGGGCCAAGUGUAUCGCCGGCGGAACGAUGGGCCAAUCGCUCAUAGGCAUGAGGAACGACGACAUCGUAUACACCUGCAUGCCCCUAUACCACUCCUCCGCGGCCGUCAUCUCGUUCCUCACAUGCCUCGAAACCGGCACCACCCAAGCCAUCGGCCGCAAGUUCUCAACACGCACCUUCUGGGACGAAGUCCGCGCCUGCAACGCAACAAUCAUCCAGUACGUCGGCGAGACCCUCCGCUACCUCCUCGCCACGCCCUCCCAGCUCGAUCCAUCCACCGGCGAGAACCUAGACCACCGCCACUCAGUCCGCAUGGCCUUUGGCAACGGCCUCCGCCCGGACGUCUGGGCCCGCUUCAAGGACCGCUUCGCCAUCGACACCAUCGCCGAGCUCUACGCCGCCACCGAGGGGCCCUUUGGCACCUUCAACCGCAGCUCAAACCCCUACGCCGAGAACGCCAUCGGCCGCUUCGGCACCCUCUACAACGCCCUCAUCUCCCGCAACGUCGCCCUCGUCGCCGUCGACUGGGACACCAACUCCCCCCGCCGCGACCCGUCCACCGGCUUCGCGACCAGAGUUAAGCCCGGUGAGCCGGGCGAGGCGAUCUUCCGCCUCCCCGCGGACAUCAACACCCGCUUCCAGGGCUACUACAAGAACCCCCAAGCCAACUCCUCCAAGAUCCUCCGCGACCUGUUCCAAAAGGGCGACGCAUGGUACCGCACCGGCGACGUCCUCCGCUGGCAGAGUGACGGCCUCGUCUUCUUCCACGACCGCAUCGGCGACACCUACCGCUGGAAAUCAGAAAAUGUCUCCACGGCAGAGGUCGCCCAGGUCCUCGGCCUGCACCCCUCCGUCCGCGAGGCAAACGUCUACGGCGUCCAGCUGCCCCACCACGACGGCCGCGCCGGGUGCGCCGCCCUCAGCAUCGACCCUUCCUCUGGCGAGAACGAGGCCGCCACAAUGGCCAGCCUGGCGGCCUUUGCGCGCAAGUCCCUCCCGCGGUACGCCGUUCCCCUGUUCCUGCGCGUCGUAGACGGCGAGCCGGGGGGGCACGCGACGGGGACGAUGAAGCAGCAGAAAAUGGAUCUGAGGAAGGCGGGCGUGCGUCCCGGUGGCGAGGGGAGGCUGUACUGGCUGGGCGAGGACGCGUACGUGCCGUUUGGGGAGAAGGAGUGGCGCGAGCUGGAGGGCGGGCGGGUGAAGCUAUGA